ACGUCUGACUCCUGAAAACGAAACAAGGGAGGAGGAAGACAAGGAUCGAUAGAGUAAACCCAGAAAGACAGGGGGAAGAAACUCAAAAGCAACCUUCAAAAAUCAGAGAGAAUGAAAAACAGGAGUUAUACAAGUUGCAGAAGGCGUGCUGCAAGAGACUGUCAAGAUUCAAGAAAGGGGACAGCAGACCAUUCCAAAGCUCUUUUCUGCCUUGUUAUGGCUCAGAACUGAAAACAGGAUUACCUCAUGCUUCUUAUCAUAGAAACACAUGCUGCCUCUGAUCAGGAUUUUCAGCGUUGGAUCUGUUGGAACACCCAAAAGGACAUUUAAUCAGGGUUUACAACAUCAAGGGUAAAUCUGUCCAAGUAAAGACCUGCCAAACAAGCAGGCUGGACUCAUACAAACAGGGAGACAUUCAAAUGGUCAGGGAGCUGCUCUCCAUCAUCAACAGACUAGACUGGGUGCUACGUGGACGCAGGGUUUUGUUUGGUGGUCGCUGAUGUGCACACCCUUUGGACCGGGGCUGUGCCUUCUGCUGUGUUGAUGACACACUGCUUCCUCAAACCGUUGGGCUGAAUCAGCAUGGGAGGUUAGAAGUGCAAAUAGCACCAUGGGAGCCAAACAAAUGAAAUGUCUCAGUUCAUCCAGUCCAACGCACUCACCCAAGGAGGAGCACAUUAUUGCCAAAUCUGAAGAGCUGGGGGAAUUAGUGGGGAAUCAUACGGAUCAGCCAAAAAGCCUAACAGAGGAUGCAGUGAAAUCCUCAGCCACCGAGCCGUCUCCUGGUCCAGAUCAUGCUGUGAAAGAGGAGAGCAGCACAUGGGAAGAGCAGCUAUGUGCUCAGCAGGAACAGCUGGAGAAGGAGAUGCAGGAGACAAGAAAAAUGGUGUCAAGGCUUCAGGCCUUGUUGCUGCACGGUUCACUACCUGAGGAUGAGCAGACAUCUACUAUGAGUUUUGGAGACAGUGCCAUCAACUCCGAGCAGCAGCUGAUCUUAAUUCGCAGUCGUCUGGACCAGAGUAUGGAGGAGACUUUAGAUCUAAAGAGAGAACUUUUAAGGUACAAGCAAGAGGCACGCAAUCUUCAGGCUGUUAAGGAUGCAUUACAGCAGAGGAUGUCUGUGCAGGAGGAUUCAGUGCUGCAGAUCAAACAGGAGCUGCUCAGAUCCACCAUGGCCAGAGAGGAGUUAGAGGGACAGAAUGAGGAACUAGAAAGGAAGCUGAAUGAUCGAAAUAGAAUGCUGAAUGAAUAUAAAAAAGAACUUGGGCAGAAAGACAGACUUCUGCAGCAGCAGCAAGUGAAGCUAGAUGAUACACUGCGCAGGAUGAAUGAAAGCAACUAUCAUAGGUUAUCGAGCUAUGAGAAUAAUGGCUACAGCCACAUGAUGGACACUUCUUCCUCAAUUUUCCAACACAGAAUGGGGGAUGAGCUACAGCUGGUGCGGGAUGCUCUGCGCAGUCUGAGGGACAGUUUCAGCGGUCAUGACCCACAGCACCACACACUGGACACACUGGAGCAGGGCGUGGCCAGUCUAGUGGACCGCCUGCACACCACAGAGUCCAAGAAAAGGCAGGAGAGAAAGGGUUCAACCAAGUCUCCUGGACGAAAAGCCAAUCACACAGACCGAGAAUCAUGGCCAAGCUCAAAGAUGGCCCAUUCCCACAGUAGCCCGGUUCUUAGUGCCGUAGCCUCAACCAAAGUACUCUACUAUACAGAUCGUUCUCUCACACCCUUUCUAGUCAACAUCCCUAAGAGGUUGGGAGAAGUCACACUACAGGACUUCAAGGCAGCUGUGGACAGACAUGGUAGUUUCAGAUAUCACUUCAAAUCUUUGGAUCCAGAGUUUGGAACAGUGAAGGAAGAGGUGUUUCAGGAUGAUGCUCUUAUACCAGGAUGGGAGGGAAAGAUCGUUGCAUGGGUGGAAGAGGAUCAUGGAGAGAGCAGGUAGAGCUAAGAAGUCACAGCCAGAUUGCAGUAACAAUUUUGAUUAAUUCAGAAUGUAUGUUUUGCCCCACAUAUACCUCAUCCCUGCAAUAGUGAAUGUGAAUCUCACCAUACCAAUUUCCUAAGCCAUUACAGCAGGCAAGUGUUUUUCAAAUUGAAUGUGUAUGCAUUUUGAAGAAUGAAAGAAAAUUGUUAUAUUAUUUAAAAAACUGUUUAUAAAAAAUACUGAUUAAAAUGUUUUUGGUUGUAUUACGGUAAAGUUAUUAUAUUAUUUGUUUUUUAAAAAAAGCCUUUUAAUCUUUUGAAAAUGCCAUUGUGAUAAGUGACAAAGAAAAAUAAUAUUUCAAAGAAAGCAUGUGUGCAUUGUCAAAUAUGAAACAGGUUAAUUACAGUACACAGCCAAACUGUGUCAAACAUAUCACCAAUUGUGAGCAUCCUGAUAAUCAGUGCCAAAAAAAGCCAUUUUAAGAGAACACAUCAUCAAAAUGUUGCACGUAUAUACUGUCAUUUUUCACUAAAACUUUUGUCAACCUCUCCUGACUAUCCUUUGAAAAUUACUUGUUGUAAAAGCAGAGACCACUUUAUUUGUAAAAAUUUGUAAUUUAACAAAAUUUUGAAAAUAAUUGUACUUUCUUAUCAAGUCUGCAUGUCUGUUCAUAGUGUUUGGUAUCUGUGUGGUAAAUGCAAAUGCAGCUGACACUUGUCCACCUUUCAAUAAAUAUGUAUUGGUG